GCCCUUAAUGGAGAAGGGAGAAGAUAAGGGAACGAUGUUACCGGGAAAAACAUACUGCAUCAAGACUGGAGAGUGGACCAGUCAGAGCGAAGGAUUGGUAAUGGGACUAGUCAGGGCAAGAACACGACUAGAGCAGAAAACAACUAGUCAAACACAAAGUCGUUAGGUAGAUUUGUCAGCCUAAUAGCACAAUAUCCAAAAGAAAAGCAAACCAAACACAACUAAUCCAAUUUGCACUACUUCCCAAACAAAACAAACACAAGACAAACACAAUAAGAGCUAGAGGGUACAGCCUACUCGAGCCGGUCGAAGUUGAUGUUUCCCAUGAAGUAGUCUAGUGGUGCUCCGGGGGGCAUGACUGGAGCAUGUGCUCCUGGUGCUCCAUCAUCCGAUGGCUGAAGGCCCUCUCCCGCUCGAUAUGAGCGAGGGUGACACCCUGCUGAGUCUCGAGGCGGUCGAGAUGCUCAUCGAAAGCAGCCAUGCGGGCGCAUUACUAAGCCUGGUGGGUUGUGUACUGUUGUUGGAACUGAAGCUGGUGAUCUAUGAGCUGCUGGUUCUGGAGGCCCAACUGCUGAAAUUGAAGGCCCAUCUGGUGGAACUGGUCGGUGAAGAAAUCCAUCCAUGGAACAGAAGGACCGGAGGAGGACACACCUCGCUCGGGUCUCCCUCGUGGAGGGAGAUCCACAGCCGGGGAAAACUUGGGCUCCAUCUCAACAUCAUCAUCGUCCUCGUCGCCUCAUCACCAUCUUCCUCGGACUCCUCAUUCUCACCAGCACCUGCUCCAGCAAUAGGGUGCAUGGAAAGACCAUCCACCCACUAUCGACCAUCAGCUAAAGACAAGAGAAGUGCGUUGAAGAGGAAGUUCCUGCUGAGCGGGUGGGAUCCUAACUGAGCAAAGGCAUCAGACAAACCCUGGAAGUCCAGCUCAAAGUGGCGGGCUAGACGAGUGAUUCGAGCCUAAUUGUACACUUUUUAUCCCUGUUUCUCUUUCAAGUUUAGUGCAAUUGAACUCCAAAAGGGGUGGUUUUACGUGAGGUUUCUUGUGUUUCAUUGUAUUUCAUAUCCUGAUUGGUGAGACCAACCCCGGAGUCGAAAGUUGGAAGAAAAGGAGCAAAGACCGGGCAAAGAUGAGGACACAGCAUGUGUUCACGGUCUUGAAGGACCGUGAACUAGAACCACAAUAUGUGAACCAAGGAGCGCCCAAAGAGGGUUUUGAGGAUACUAACGACAAGACAGUUCACGGUCGCUAAGAUCGUGAACUACAACCACAAAUCGUGAACCCAAGAAGUGAAACGGUACAUUUUGGUUCAGCAUGUUGUGUUCACGGACGCGUUUUGAUGUUCACGACCGUAAACUCAGGCGGUGAACUGGGCUCGAUCUUAGUAUAAAGAGCCAGCUGAAAGAAAGAAGAAGGGGAGAGACCUAGUGUGAGAAACUUCAUCUUCAAAUUUUAGAGUGAGAAAGUGACGAACCAAAGAAGAGGAGAAGCUAGGGUAGCACCUCCAACCAAGGAUUUGGGAAUUCCUUCUCCAAAAGAGGAUCUCUUCAACACAAGGAGCAAGGCUAGCAUCUUCUUGAUGGUUUCCCGUUUCCUCUCUUGUGUUUUCCCUUCUCCUAGCAUGGAGUAGUCCCUUUUUUUACUUGGGUGUUUGUAAACCCUAGCUACAAUUAUGUGAAUGCUUGUAUGAAUUGAAUGAUUUGUGUGUGGUUGUGUUUAAUGUGAAUGUGGAGGUAUUAUUCAUGAAUGAUUGUGUUGUGUGAAAGACUAUCAAUCUAAUUGUCAUUCUAACCUGAGUUUUCUUUGGUAAUUCGUUGCCUCCUAGUUAGGAUAAUGCUGGGCAAACCUCCUAUUUCGUAUUAGCAUUUAGGGUUUGGUUGUGGGUGGCCAUCCGAACUCUAAUUUGAGGGUGAAUUCUAACCAUUCCUUAGUCAAUAGGUUGAGAGGGUCGUAUUAGUGGCUUGGAUGGUAUCCCGUUUUCUCGACCUAGCGACUAAGAUGGUAGCUUUGGCUACUUGUUUGACAACCAUUCCUUAGUGAAUAGGUUGAGAGGGUCGCAUUAGUGGCUUGGAUUGUAUCCCAUUUCCUCAUCCUAGAGGCUAAGAGGGUAGCUUUGGCUACUUGUUACACUUCCCUGUGGUUUAUAACCCCCUAAACAACACAUGGUCAUUCGAUCCUUCAAGUCGUAAUUGUUAGCCGGGGGGAGCAACACCCGGGUGAAGCCUUCUCAAUUAGUGUCAAAUCCAUUUUACCUUUGCAAAAUAAUUUAGCUUUAGACCU